CGAGCCCAAACACCGAAGCCAACUAACGAACGCAGUAUAAUUUCUCCCUCCAUGAUCUGGCUGCUUUCUGGGCUUCAAUUUCAAGUUCCAGUUGCGGCGUAUCUCCGAGCUCUACGGUUCCAAGAACAUUUCCGGCCUAGAAAACUCGAUGUUGCAUUGAAAGCACAUUUUGUUCUGAGUAGCUCUUUCUCUUUCAUCCAGUCAAAGAUGGCUUUGUUUCAGAAACUUCAAGAGGCUGUGAGAACCCUUGUAAAGCGCCCUGCUUUUGCUAGGGAUCCUAGACAACUACAAUUUGAAGCUGACAUUAACCGGUUGUUCCUUUAUUUAAGCUAUAAUCGUCUAGGAAAGAAUGCGGAUGAAGCACGUGCCGAAGAGAUUAUUGAAAUGGCAAGUAAAGCCUCGUUUGCUGAUCAACAAAUGCAAGUACAAGAAAAUGUUCAUUCACAAUUUAAAAAAUUUUGCACCUUCAUGGAUGAAAUUCUACUUCCAAAUGAAAAGAUGGUAAAUGAACAUGAACCAGAAAGCACUGUGCCUCGCCGAAGUGGCCUUAGUUUUGCUGUGGGUAGGAGUGAUCCAGCCCAAAAUAAUAAUGCUGCCCCCAUGACAAUACCAUUAAGCCGGGCUGAAGUUUCUCAAAAUCUGAAAAAUCAACUUGGCUACACUGUUAAUGUCAAACCUUCUCAGAUACCUCACAAGGAUGCUGGCCAAGGUCUUUUCUUAGAUGGCACAGUAGAUGUUGGUGCUGUGGUGGCCUUUUAUCCAGGCAUAGUCUACUCUCCAGCUUAUUACCGUUACAUUCCAGGGUACCCGAAGGUUGAUGCACUGAACCCUUAUUUGAUUACUAGAUAUGAUGGGAAUGUCAUCAAUGCUCAACCUUGGGGUUGUGGAGGUGACAACCGAGAACUGUGGAAUGGUUGGAAAACAGGGGAAAUCAAGCCUGAUGUGAAAAAAGGUGAGCCUGAGAGAGGUUCAGAAAGGUUUUGGAAACUUCUUAGUAAGCCUUUGGAAGGCUACAAAGGAGAUAACACUGAAGUGAUCGAGCGUAGAAACCCAUUAGCCUUAGCUCAUUUUGCCAAUCACCCUCCUAAAGGGGUGCAACCAAAUGUCAUGAUUUGCCCCUAUGACUUUCCAUUGACUGAAAGCAACAUGAGAGUCUACGUUCCAAAUUUAUUGUUUGGAAAUGCAGAGGUAAAUAUGAGGAGAUUUGGAAGCUUUUGGUUCAAGGGAGGGUCAAAAAUUAGCGGAUCACAUGUUCCAAUACUGAAAACUCUUGUUCUGGUUGCUACUAGGCCUCUUCAAGAUGAGGAACUCCUUCUUAAUUACAGGCUGAGCAACAGGAAGCGGAGACCAGAAUGGUAUAUUCCAGUGGAUGAAGAAGAGGACAGGAGAAGAUGGAGUUAGUCAAUCAAUUCAGAAUUCCCUUGUUUCUGUCUCAUACAAAGUUGUUCUUGUUAUUUGUGUUGACACAGCAAGGAUGGUGAAUUUUUUGCGAGAUUGAUUUUGUUGCUAGGUUUUCUAGAAGACAAAAUUGAAUUGAAGGUGAUGUCCAAAAGUCCAGGUUCAAUUAAACUGAAUAAUGAGUAAAUGACACAUCACACUCAUCCAUCAUUCUCUUACAACCUGGUACGGCAAACUCCAAAGUCUAGCAUGUUGCUAUGGAUUCUGAUUUGUCUCACUUGUGCUGCCUGUUACAUCAAUAAUGAACCUUGGCAUAGUUUUUCUGAACA